AUGAUAGCCCCUGCAACCGUCGCGUUAGCCACGCAACUUGAAGUGCCGGUUAAGAAGAUCGCACAGCUCUCUGGCUACCAGCUUCUGAUGGUCGGUGCACUUGGUCCUAUCGUAUCCGUUCUAGCGGAGAAAUAUGGUAAACGGCCUCAAUUUCUCUUCGCCGGUCUCUUUGGUGCACUCGGCACUGGCAUUUGCAUCGGAGGGUUCGACCAAUCCAGCCUUUCCAAAUCAUACACCGUUCUCCUUGCAGGACGCAUGAUACAAGGCUUAGGCACAACAGCCUAUGAGUCGCUCACCGUAGCAGCAAUCGGCGACAUGUUCUUCUUGCACAAACGGGGUAUACGUACUUCCUUGCUUGUUCUGACGACAGCAUGCCUCGCUUCCUUUGUAGCCAUAUGCUCAGGACACAUAUUCGAGGUGCUUGGAGCGCGUAAUUUGUUUGUUAUUCUGCUACCAUUGCAACUUUUUGGGUUUAUCUGUUCGUUCCUGUUUAUUCCAGAAACUCAAUUCCGGCGGAAUGAGUCGAGGGGCGGUACCGUGACGGAGCACGAAGGACUUGCGGUUGAAGAAAAGCCCGAGGCGAGCACACAAUCUAUCACACAAGAGCCCGCAGCGACAGCACUUCCUACCGUUCCAAAACGUACCUUUAUUCAGGACCUGCGCUUGACGUCCGGCGUCUACAACCACGACAGCAUCUUCAAGCUCUUAGGCCGCAUCUUCUUUCAUUUGCUGAAUCCAGCUAUCGUAUGGAUUACGUUAGUGGCAGCCAUCUUGAUUUCCUUCUUCGUAGGCACAGCCUACACCCUCGCGCAAAUCUUCACCCCUCCACCAUACAACCUCACCGUCAGCCAGAAUGGGUACUUUUUCACGGGUGCACUGAUCGGUGGCAUCCUCGGCGUGAUAUCCGGGCCGUUAUGCGACUUCUCCGCCAAAACCCUCUCACGACGGAACAACGGCGUUUACGAAGCCGAAUUCCGCAUUCCAGUCAAUAUCCUUGCUGUGACUAUGCUCUCCAUCGGCUGGUUCACCUUCAUGUGGGCGCUGGAACAUCCCGCGAUGAGGGGCGGCGUGUAUCUCUGCUCGUUCUGCUAUGGCGCGGUGUGCUUUGGGACGAGUGUCGCGGGGACCGACGCCUUCCGCCCCUACGCUACCGAGAUCUUCAUCCUGCAGAUGAUGAUUAAGAACUUUCUUUUCUACGCUUUCUCGACGUUCAUCAAUGAGUUUGCGGCGGAGCAUGUCUUUGGGAAGGUGAAUCGUUCGUGGGUACAUCGCAUGUCUGGAAAGUAUUUGGGAGAUAAGUGA